AUGGUUUUUGUGAUUCUUUGUUUUCGUUUUUCAUUUAAUAGGCACUGCCUCGCUGGCAGAACUCCCUGUUGUUCCUGCCGCUGCGGUGAAAACGUGCGCUUCUGCUGCGCCGUCAUUUUGUUUCGCUUUUUCUUUGCUUCCUUCUCUCUGCCUGUGUGCCCCUGCCUGUGCUGGACCGGCGCGAAGGGAAAGGAACGUAUUGCUCAGGGUCAAAGGACGUGUAUGCCGUUCUGCAACGUUACCCCUGCCGAGGUGAGCCUCUUGCAAGACACACUGAGGGAGCGGGAGUCAAAUGGAGUGGCCAUCGCCGACCACAUAGUCAUGGUGGCCGAAGACGUGAUGCGGCGGUACGUGAAGGAGCGCACCUCUCACCGUUGUGUUGCAGACGACGAUGGAUCCGCCACGGCGGUUUCUCCGUCAUGA